AUGGAAGAAGACAUUGAUCUUUAUAAACAGCUUGGUAAGGGUAGUUGCUAUGGUGAUGACGAGUGUAUGUGGCUCUCUUCAGUUGUUUCUUCUCCUUCAUCACUUUUUGAAGACUACAGAUCUUCUACUUCAAUGCAUGUUUUUGUUGAUGACAAAUUGUUGAUUUCAUGGUUGUCAAGAUUGGAAAACUCUUUUCUUUAUCUAGAUAAAGGAAGUGUCCUUUUUGAUGAUCCAAGAGUAAAUGUAAAUCCUGAGGAGGAGGAAUCAUGUUUAACUGCUCUUCAGCGGACAAUUCUGGUCACAGAAGAUAUUUUGAAGGACGAUUUAAUGGAAGAAAAGCAAUUGAAUUCACUAUUGAAAUCAUGCAGGAAUGCUACUUCAGAUUCCACCAUGAACAAUUCAGAGAGUUCCAGGUCUUCUUUUGAGCAGUUCUGUGAGGACUCAUUAAGUUGCAACAACUUUUUGAUACCUUGUAGCACCGUCUUUGAUUUUCCUUCUUCUUGCUCUCAGAUAUCAGAUUCUGACAAGACAAGUUUCUUGGUAUCUUUAGUGAAUCUUGAUGGUGAAGAUUCCCAAUGGAUUUCAUCAGAUACAGAAUUGGAGUUAGAUUACUUCCAAACAGGUUUUCCUAGCCCAUCUUGCAAGAGUUGUGAGGUCUCAUUACCCGGUUCCAAUGUUUCAACACCUAGUGAAGUGAAAGAUGAACAACCACGGUACUGUGCAUUAUUGGAGCAUACCUUUUCAGAUCAGGAAGUAGAUUUGGAAGAUUUCGAUACAGAUGAACCUCUUUUCUGGCCUUCCCAGUGGAAACAAGAUUGGAAUUGUGAGGAUACUUGGAAAUGCUUUUCAAUGUCUCCUCGUAAGUGUAUGACAAAGCCUGGAUCUCUUCAAGAGACCUCUUCUAAAUUAGUUAAAUCAAAAUUCCAAGUCACAAAAAUGGAUACCAAAAAGGGCUGUAGGAAAAGACUUGAGUUCAGCAAAGGUUCAACAGCGUCAACUUUAUUGGAAUGGAAACAAAGAAGCAAAAACAACUGUAUCAAGAAAAUCAACUCUGCCCCUUCAGGAUUGAGAAAAUCAAACAAAAUUUCAAUGAAAAUAGUACCUAUGGAAAUGGAAAAUGAUCUGAAAGAGAAGAAAGAUAGAGAAGUUCCUAUCCCACAAUCAAAUUGUUCAGAUAGAGAUUUCUUGGAGGAUGAUAUCACAAAAAAUGGAGAACUUCCAAUUGAGACGCUAUUAGGACUUGGCGAGUUUGACGGGCAUGAAGGGGUGGAUUCAGAAUUCAAUGAAGAUACUUUCUCACUGGAUGAAUCUCUGUGAGAAUUUAAACAGACUGUUUUAUUAGUUUUCAGAACUACUCACAGUUAUGUUGGCAGGGCCAUUUGAAGCAAUCAGCAAUUAAGCAUAUAGAGGUAAAAUUAGACAUGCACUGAUAUAGGGCCUCCCCAGCACAAGACUCUCUGCUUUGCAAGCAAGCAUAACUGAUGUAUGAAUACAAUAUCAAAUAUGCUCUUGUUGGGUGAAAAAUUAAGGAAAAUUAAAAUUUUGCAUGGAAAACUCGUCAGUUUCUUCUUACCCUUGAAACAGAAUUACAAUUUAUAGCUAAUACAUGUGAAUUUGAGGUGAUAUUUUCUGCAUCAAAUAUGAAGAAGUCCAAUUGCCAAA